AUGGCGUAUCGACCCCAGCUUAGCUGGGUUUGGGAAGAGCAGCUCCAGCAGAAGUUUGUGCGGUGUAUGGUCCAAUUGGAAGUGUGGCGAGAUGAACUGCGUCCUGGAGCAUUCACCAAGUACUACAAGAAACGUUUUACACGACGCGACUAG